UCGCCAGCACAGGAUGUCCCACGCAGGGAGAGCGGUGACUUGAAGCGUGGCCACAGUCGGCUCGCGCGCGGUGGUAUCCAGCACAUGGUGAAAGUUGGAGAUAAAGUUUUAAAGCGACACAAGCGUAAUUUAGAGGCGAAUUAGCGCUUCUGUCAGUCGGGCUUGACGGGGAGAAUUUUGCAAUUACUUCUGUGGCUCCGAGUUUAUUUUUCUUGACUCAAUAUUUAAUCAAAAAAGGAGCAAACAAACAAACAUAAUUCUCCUUCGCUGGUGCCGAUGUUUCUGCAAGACAUCCGUGCGUCCGCGCUGCCUCUCAUUCAUCCAGCAGAGGAGAGGAGCCCGCGUCCGAGGAUACAAUGAAGCAGUGUGUCCUUGUCCGACACAAUGCAGCAAGAUGCUACAGAGGGGACGAUACUGUUUCUCACAAGAUCAGGAUCGUUUUUGCUCGAUUGCAGAGAGAGAUCAGCUAAAGAUUGAAGCUUUAGCCUCUGCAUGACAAGCUAUGACCGACACACACACUAAACUCUAGACGUCCAGUUACGAAGCCAGGACUCAAGAAUGAAGACCAAAUAUGCGAUUGUCUUCAUCUGUAUCGUGGCCCUGGUCAUCAUCGAAAAGGAAAGCAACAUCCUAUCUAGGGUCUCUGAUAAGCUGAUCCAGAGGCAGAUUCCACAGCAGACCCCACAGACUCCACUGGAUUACAGCAACACAACACAAAAUGGCUCCCUGAUGAUGCUCAAAAUGCUGCUCUCCAAACUCACCGGCACAAAAGGGAAUUACUCAAGUCUAUCCGAGGAGCAAGAAGAGGACGAACUAGAUGAUUUAGGCACGUACAGCUUCAGCGGUGGCCGUAAGCACAUAUUACUCUUAGCCACCACACGAACGGGUUCCUCAUUUGUGGGGGAAUUUUUCAACCAGCACGGGGAGAACAUGUUUUAUCUAUUUGAGCCUCUGUGGCAUGUCGAGCGCAUGCUGACCAUUGCAUCCGAGGCAAACAACGGAACAGUGUUGGCAGGAAUCUACCGGGAUGUACUCCAAGGGCUUUUCCUGUGUGAUUUCUCUCCCCUUGAGAAGUUCAUCUCCCCGCCUCCUCAGGAACACGUUACCCCAGCUCUUUUUCGCAGAGAAUCUAGUUUAUCGCUUUGUGAAGAAUCUGUCUGCAGUCCAGUAAUCAAAGAUGUUUUUGAAAGGUAUCACUGUAAGACUCGUCGCUGUGGGCCGCUGAACUUGACCCUCGCAUCUGAAUCCUGCCUUUCCAAGCAACACCAUGCCAUUAAGACAGUCCGUGUGCGCCAGCUGGACACAUUGCAGCCUUUGGUGCAGGAUCCUCGUCUGGAUGUGAGAGUGAUCCAGCUAGUCCGAGAUCCACGUGCCAUUUUAGCAUCCCGCAUGGUGGCUUUCUCUUCGAAGUACCAGACAUGGAAGGCCUGGGCGCAGGACGGCCAGGUGCCUGAAGAUGACGAGGAGGUGAAGAGGCUCAAAGGCAACUGCGACCAGAUUAGGAUGUCUGCAGAGGUGGGACUGAGCCGACCUCGUUGGCUAAGGAGCCGCUACAUGUUGGUGCGUUAUGAGGAUAUUGCCCGCUACCCCAUGCAGAAGGCAGAGGAAAUGUACAGGUUCACGGGGAUACCAUUUAGCCCCCAAGCUAGGGAGUGGAUUCUGAGGAACACCCAGACCACACAGGGGGCUAGCGGGAUUUACUCCACCCAGAAGAACUCAUCAGAGCAGGCAGAGAAAUGGAGAUUUAGCAUUCCCUUCACACUGGCUCAGGUAGUGCAGAGAGUGUGUGGACCCACCAUGAAGCUGUUUGGGUACAGGUUUGUGGAUGAUGAAAAGACACUGAUGAAUAAGUCCAUCAGUUUGCUUGAAGAGAAACUGUUUCAUUAAUCGAGACGUCAUAAAUGUAGCUGUGAAUCUGCAAAGCGCUGCACACGAUGGGUUGAAGCCAGGAGAAGCCAUUAUUGCACAGACCAAAACUAGUCAGCAAAGGUGCCAUAACAGACACGAAAUGUUUUACUGGUGACAGUAAGCUUUGGGCCAUACGAUAAUAUUCAUACACACCAAUAAUGUGCCUCAUUGUGACAAAUGAAGAGCCACUUGAGAAAAAUAAAUAUUUAUUUGCAUACUGUGUUCACUGAGAAGCCUGGUAUUGAAGCUUUAUGUGGCGCUUUGUAUUUCAUUUAAAAUGAAAUGAGCAGCUGUCAAGCCUGACUUGUAAGAGAUUCUUAUGUAAAAUUUUAUCUAUAGUUGAUCAUGUUUAGACUUUCAGGGAUAAACUAAAGGUAAAGUCAAAGUGAUGUGUGAUUUGUCUGUCUCUGUGUGUGUGUCCGAGGCCUAGUCCACACAGACACAGGUAUUUCUGUAAACUGAGUUUUCCCUCCUUCGUUGUCGAAGCAAAUCCUGUCCACACACAUUCAGUACGUUUACAUGCACAGUUAAGGCGAGCUACGGUUAUAGAGCUGGACUAGGCCAUUUAAUUGGACUUCUGUCCUUGUCCCAGUAUACAAGCACAGGAGGGAAUCAGUUUAUUGACCAAAGUAUGUCCAGCUCCCCUACAAUAGGUGGCUUUUCACAGACCAAACAAUUGAGCGUUGUCCAGGUUGCCAUUCCGUGUUUUCCUCCCAUCCUUGUAUUUCAAAGUAUUUAACUGUUUCAGCUGACGCAUCAUGAACUUCUUCUCCUCUUCCAUUCAAACGUGCACAGCUCUGAAUGUAGAUUUCGCCAAGUUGCUACCGGCUUCUUCGUCUGUUAUGUAUUAAUAAGAUUCGACUCCCAAGUCAAAGCCAGAAAACUCUGGAGCAUGCACAGAGCACCUAGGCCAGUUAGGGUCCAAUUGACUGUAUACAUACAUGCAGGAGUAAUCUGACUCCCAAUCACAUUAUCUAGGUGUUUGUCUGACGUUGAGAAAUUAGAUUAUGAUUUGUCUGUCUAACAUGUUAACGUGUUUUGAAAGUCUGGUUUUAGUCGGACAAACACAAUAAACUGAUUUUCUCUAAAGUCAUGUAAACAUACUGAAAUAAAAUAACGUACUAAAUAAAAAAUCUAUCCAAAUGAAAAUGCCAGAACACAAUUGGAGCAUUGUUAAGAGCAUGCCAGCUCAUAGGCGUUGAUAUAACUGUAACCUUAAAGCAAUGUGAAGAAGAAGAUGUUAGCCAAUCAGAAGGCUACGUGGAGCAGUGACCUCCGUUGCACAUUCUGACGCCUUUGUUUCUUAAUAUAGUUGGAGAGAAACUGUACAUUUAGGUGUAAACAUGUAAAAAGUCCUGUUUGCAAGGUUAGAACUGGCACUAUUUUGUUCAUGUCCACCACUGCAUGAAAUGCUGCAUCAUUUGUGAUGCCUCACAAAGGACUUAACGGCACACACACUGACAUCACUGUCAUCUUUGCCCUGGCCAGAGUCUUACAAAAGAUUAUUUUUAGUGACCUAAAACUCAGUUUGUGUGUGGACAGAGGCCCAAAGAGCAUUAUAAACUCGUGGUUACAAAAAUACCUAUAUCUGUGUGGACUGAGCCUGAAAGAGAGGUUGUUUCUGUCUAGUCCUCAUGACGCUAGUGCUUCAUUCUGCCUUGUUCAGUCUGAAUUUUAUAGAUCUGUACUCACCCAGGCAACUGAAAGAAUUACUUUAGAUUAGAUCUGAUGUUCUUUCAUAGGGCUUUACAUAUCCGACUCAGGUGAGGUAAACAUGGCAUUGUAUUUUGUGGUGUCUUCAUGAUGAGUGUUCACAUCUCCACGAAAGCACGUUGUGUAAAAAUACAGAAUAAUCUCUAAUGUCUUUAACCAAAUGCUGUUUAAAGCAAUUCUCAGUGUACCAUUAAAAAGAGGCCAAUUAAAAUAGAUAUAUAAUACUCAUGAGAUUAUAUAACACGAGUAGUGUAAUACUAUAGAAGAGUUAUAUCUUAGGUCAGAUACCUACAUGUGUCUUUAACAUACAAGAGUUGCUUUUUCCCAAUAGCCGGUAGCCACAGUCGUAAUGUGGCUCUCAACAGAUAAUCUUUUUUUCCAAUUAUUUCCCAACUCAGAAAUAAAAGCACCAGAAAUAUUAAGUCCUGCAAAAUUCUAAAUAUCCCCCCUUUAAAGUUAUUAUUAGUGAGAUUUGUAUAUGUUUGGUGAUACAUUAUGGUUUUGGUGACUACUAAUACUAUAUAAGAUGUACGUAUGUAGCUGUAUUAAUGUGGCCUAUCACUUUAAGUGAAACCCAGGUGCUGUUGCAUUAACUGUCACUCUUGAUGGUAUAUAAAGGUAUCCACUGUGACUCUAGUUCAAUGGUAGCAUUGUGUUCAGCUUGGCUGAGGCACUGCCGAAAGUGCCGUGCUGCUCAUGGAAAGGGACAUGCAUUGGAGUUACAUAUAAUAGAGGUCUUAUACUAACUUAGAGUUUAAAACAUAAAUAUGAAUACAUUUUGACUGGCAGGCCACGAGGUGCCCGGACUCACUACUGAAGUAUGUUAGCCAAAAGGGAAUACUGUGAAAUACCAAGCGCAGCUGAAAUAAUGGGUGUAGUCAGUUUAUGCAUUCAACUAAUUCAGAUACCCAUGUGUGGCAAUAAAGUUCAUAAAGGUAUGUUUGAUGGUUGGUGGUUCAGCCUUGAUAGAGAACUGUUUCUAUUGUCAACUUGAAUUAAACAUUUUAAUGAUGGAAAAAAGUAUCAAAACAUCAAUAGCAGAGCUGUUUAAAAGCUGUCUGAGUCAAGUCUCAGUUCUUGUUGAAGCAAGUUUCAAUUCAAGUCUCAGUUCCUAGGAAAAGUCGAAGUUUAUUCACAACUCUGCAUCAGCCAGUGACAAGUUAGUUUCAUGUCUUUCAGGUCUCUUUAUAGAAGAAUUCCCAUGGCAUUUCAACUAUUUAUUUUCCAAAGCCCUGAUAAUUCUCUGCAUAGCUGAGACCAAGUCCUGUCAAUGCAUAGGCCCAAUAAUCUUUAUAAACAGCCAACGGGACAAGAUUUUGGCAUGGCAAGAGUUCAGGGGCCAUAUUCGCAAAGCUUCCUACUGCUAAGAGUUGCUCCUAGUGAGGAAAUUCUAAGAAAAUUCUUAGAACUGUAACAUAUUUCCCCUUAAAGUUAAGACUAGGUCCUUGUGAAAAUAAAAGUUCUUCACAGAGCAUUUUAGCCCUUAAAAGAGCACCUAAGCAGAGAGGAAACUUAAGAGUUUCUUAAUCAGAGGAGAAAAUGUUGGAACACAAAGAGGUCAGAGAAAUAUUCUCCAAACGCUGGAUGACAGUGAGUUAAUGAAAUGCUACAGAUUAGAUCAUGCAGAGAUAAUAUUUGUGGUCGAUCUCAUUAGUGAUACACACACAUAAAGAAAUAAAAUGAUCAAAGUUGUAAGAUAUUUGGAAAAAAAAGCAAGAGUGCAGUGCAGUCUGUAUCAUACCUAGCAACGGGGUCAACCACACCUCCUCACUCAGAUACAGGUAUCUGUCUCUUCCUUCCUCAGAAUUGCUCUGAGAACUUUCCUAAAUCAUUACUAGGCAAAGACUCCUUACAUAAAUGUUUAGCCGAAGUUAGGAGCUCUCUCAGAAUGUUUGUGAAUACGGCCCCAGGUUUCUGUUUGUAGUUUGGAGUCAUAUUGACCAAUCAUGACUAAGCGGCAGGCAAUCUCAGAACCCACUGCCUUCUGUCUGAAGAUUCAUGUAUGCAGAAUCUGUUCAUAGAGAUUAAUCAGCAGGUAAACAGUCUGUGUGGAGAGGCAGAACACACUGUCCGAAAUGCAGUCUCAGAACCCACUGGCUAUCGUCUGACACCAGAGACAAUAGGGAUUAGCCAAAAUGACCAGCGCUUGGCAGAAGAAGUCUUGGCCCAGAUAUCCGCUGGCUACACCGAGUCUUCUGAAAUAUUGUCCCUUGCCCCCAGAGUGUAUAUAUCUUUGUCAGACAGGUAGCUAAUGGGUUCUGAGAUUGCAGUACUAAUAGUUAAGCAGUCAAGUGGUAUGGCUAUUUAAAGCAAAACCUGAGACAUUAUUAUUUUGCUUUAAAGUCUACUUGGACUUUUAAGUCCUCAUUUUUGUGACUUAAAUCUGCUCUGUUAAACAGAAACUCUUCGCUGUCCAUCCAUAGUAUGUUCAUUUUACAGUUAUUUUGUGUAAAGCUGUCAUCCUUUAAAACUCUUCUAAAAUUCUGUAUUCAGCCACAUUUUCGCAAAGACAUUUGUGCUUGGAAUAAACUGAGCAGAUGGACAGUGAAGUUACUCUCUAACAGCUUUAUAGGUUGUCAAAGUUAUGAAUCUCUUCAAUAACUUGCUGUCAGUGUUAACUAUUAUCACUAAGUUACUGUCAUAUUCUUGUUAUUCUUGCAGGAGAAACCAAGGGCCAAAGCACAGAUUAUACUGAAGCAACCAGAAAUGUAUCACACACAUGUAAAUGUUAGAGUUUCUUCUAUUGAAAUGAUGAUUAAAAUGAUUUUCUUGUUGUAA